AUGAAGGCUAACACGGCUGCUACGAAGAUCCAAGCUGGAUUUCGGGGAUACAGGGUGCGCAAGCAGCUCAAGGAAUCGAAGGAGGACGAUAAGAAAGUUGAAGGUAACGCGACAAGUCCUCCGCCAUUGAAAAAGCAAGACACAAGGGCGGCUCUCGAAGAGAAAUCAGCUACGAAAAUUCAAGCCGGCGUACGGGGUUUCCUGGUGCGUAAGAGACAGCAGGCGGCGCAGGCAGCCGCCACGAGGAUUCAAGCCGGUUUUCGUGGGUUCAGGACGAGGAAGCUGCUCAAACAAAACGGACAGUGA